GAUUCCCCAUUUCCCAAAAUUUCAGCCAAUCAAGAACAACCCACCACUAAAGACUCACCUUUCCUCAUACCCACCUCUCAGAACCCGAUUCCGGGUCCGACCCAGUUCGCAGAAAACCCUAAAAAUCCGACCCGAAAUAGAUGACCCAGCUGAAGCAAAUGGCUCAUCUUGACAAUGGUCCCCCAACUCCGGGCAAGUUCAAGCCCUACAUUCACAGAGUCCGGUGGCAAAGCUCACUGGCCAAGCUCUCCUUGUGGUCCUUGGUCUUCUUGGCCCUGAUCUUGCUCUUCUUUUUCCGGUCGCCGUCGUCCAGCUCCGUCCCCUCCGAUCCAUCCCGCCGCUCCCUCCGGACCUACAACUGGGGCGGACCCGCCUGGGAGAAACGGGUCAGGUCAUCCUCCCGGGUCAGGUCAAGAAACGGCAUGUCGGUUCUCGUCACCGGCGCCGCCGGCUUCGUCGGAACACACGUCUCCGCCGCACUCAAGCGCCGUGGAGACGGCGUCUUGGGUUUGGAUAGCUUUAACGACUAUUACGAUCCGUCGUUGAAGCGGGCGAGGCAGGCGCUGCUGGAGAGGAGCGGGGUGUUCAUUGUGGAAGGGGAUAUAAACGACAUGGCGUUGCUGAGCAAGCUUUUCGAGGUGGUGGCGUUUACUCAUGUGAUGCAUUUGGCUGCUCAGGCUGGCGUGAGGUAUGCUAUGGAGAAUCCUGGGUCAUAUGUUCAUAGUAAUAUAGCUGGUCUUGUUAAUCUGCUUGAGGUUUGUAAGAAUGCGAAUCCGCAGCCUGCGAUUGUUUGGGCUAGCUCUAGCUCUGUGUAUGGACUUAAUACUAAGGUACCCUUUUCGGAGAGAGACAGGACUGACCAGCCUGCUAGUUUGUAUGCUGCUACUAAGAAAGCCGGUGAGGAGAUUGCGCAUACUUAUAAUCAUAUCUAUGGCCUUUCGCUUACCGGGUUGAGGUUCUUUACAGUUUAUGGCCCUUGGGGGAGGCCGGACAUGGCUUACUUCUUUUUCACGAGGGAUAUAUUGAAGGGGAAGACUAUUCCCAUUUUUGAGGCCGCUAAUCAUGGAACGGUAGCGAGGGAUUUUACCUACAUUGAUGAUAUUGUUAAGGGCUGCUUGGCGUCACUGGAUACUGCGGAGAAGAGUACCGGGAGUGGGGGGAAGAAGAAGGGUCCUGCGCAGUUGAGGGUUUUCAAUUUGGGGAAUACGUCUCCUGUGCCUGUUUCGGAUCUUGUUACUAUUUUGGAGAGGUUGUUGAAGGUGAAGGCUAAGAGGAGCAUUUUGAAGUUGCCACGUAAUGGGGAUGUUCAGUUUACUCACGCAAACAUCAGCUCCGCACAGAGGGAGCUUGGGUAUAAGCCCACGACGGAUCUGCAGACAGGGUUGAAGAAAUUCGUUAGGUGGUACCUGACUUACUAUAAUGGCGGGAAGAAGGCUGCUGGCUGAAAAAUUCUUUUGAUUGUGUGGUAGAUCCUUUGAAUUCUUGUUCAUUAUAAUUCUUAUGAUUGUUUUAACAUUUCUGUCACUGCCCCGAGUAUCGUUUUUCCAUAUAUCUUAAUGAGUAAUGCCAUAUUGGGAGGAAACCUUGUAAACUACAUUGAAGAAGUUUUGUGGUUGGGGGACAUUGUUUUCUGAGCACUCCCGUUCUGUAUUAUGAGAAAACGAGGAUCAUCUCUUUCUUUUCUUGGAAUGUAAUUGUUGUAUCUUCGGCAUUGUAGAGUUCAUGUCUGAUAGAGCAUAUUCUAAUUGGUGGACAUGUAUCAUUGCUAUGCAAUUCAAUAAAAUAGCACACGAUAGUAUGGUUAUUCGUUACUGCUAUAUGACCU